AAGCAGAGUUUAGCAGCACUUUUGUCGCCGCUGAAGAAUAGAUUGUUGAUUAGGAAGAGAUAGAACUCACUGAAAAUGGUUAAAAAAGGUUUAAAUCCAAUCAGCAUUGUGAAAAGCAUUUACCACAACGAAUUUCAAUGGAGUCUAGUAAAGAGCUUCGGCUUGUUCUUCCUCGGUGUGCGAAUAGCAAAGGAGUUUGUUGGAGUUGAAUUGAUGCCCGCAGUGGCGCCGGUAUAGUAGAGCGCAAUAAAACGGUUCACGUACAAACAAAUCAAGCCAGUUAAGAGAAACGUUAACUAAUUAUAAUAGUAAAAAACCAACAGAUCAA